UUACGCAGUAGCUUUGAGUGAACGUAUAUGUAAUCGACAAGAACAAGUCGAAUUAGGGCGUAAAAACGAAGCGCUGCCGUCGACGAAGGGUUGGUACUAUACAGGAAGCCGACAUAAUUGACGUCGUGGGCUAUGGGCAAAGUUAAACCAUCCCCUAUAGAGACGGGAGGUGAGGUACCCGAAAAAAAUGCUUCGUCUACAGGCAGCAGCAGCAGUUACGUGGCGUCGUCGGAGGAGAUUGAUGAAGACUACACCGAGAGUGACUCUCUAGAGACAACAGUUCCAUCGUUUGUUUCAACGGGGGAAGCUGCCAACGAGGUAGAGCCGAGUUAUGAGCUCCUGGAACAUCGAUUUGUCAACGCUCUCCCCGAAGACGAAGCCCUUCGGGAGCUCUCGCUUCGCGUUCUAUAUCACACAUGGAAAUUAGACAGGAAAACAUUUAGGAGGCAUAUCGGACUAAUUGAUCAAGUAUAUUCUUUGUUAUUGAACAAAGACAGCUCUCAGCGUCAAGCUAGCCCAGUCGCGUACGAUGCCAUGCCCGAAGCGCUCUGCUCCGGACGCGACGAAACUGCUACUAUGGUGGAGUCCGCUAAUCUUCAAUAGAACAGUGAUACUAAAAAUAAAUUUAAUUUAUUGAGUGUACGGAGUCGAC